AUGCCUCCCUAUCAACCGUACCCACCACAGCCAACUCUGUCUCUGCUUCCACAACCCCCGGGCAAGUCGUCAUAUCCACUGCCACUUCCACCACCGUUGCCAUUUCCACCCUCACAAUCGGGAGGACCUUUUGGUAAUCCCUAUCAGCAGCAGCAACCGCCAAAUGGAGGAAAAGGAGAUAACCAUCGAUUCCCGCUUUCAACAAAGCCACCGAAGUUUAAUCCCAAAACGCGGGCUUAUUUGGAAAACGAUGGAGAUAGCAACUCUUCACCGUCAAGUUCUGGCGAGAGUCCUUUUAAAAAGGGCAAACUUGGAAACAAUCCCAACAACAAUCCCAACUUAAACGGUCGAGGAAAAGGUCCUUUUGGGGGCAACGGAAGAGGCGGCGGCGGUAAAGGAAGAGGUCGAGGCGGUGGCGGACCUCAGUUGGGACUUCGACCAAUGUCAUCAAUACCUAUACCACCGCCUCCACCGCCACCACCACAGCCACCAAUGGCUGGGGGAAAUGGAAGUGGUGAUCAGUAUGACGAUCCUUUUGGACCGUCAGCCUUUGAGCAGCGGUAUGCGUCGCAGCCACCGGAAGGAAUGUACGGCAUGAUGAACCAUCAGCAGUUUCCACCACCUCAUUCGAUGCCCUAUGAUAUGCCCCCGUACUCCGGUGGACCAGGGCCUGGGCCUCAGAUGAACAGUGGGCCCUUUGGUCCUGGUGGGCCUGGUCGAAUGCCACACCCACACCCGCCGCAGCACUUUGGUCUUCGGCCAAUGAACGGCCCACCUCGUCUUUGGGCGCCUCCUUUUCCGCCACCGCCUCCAGGAAUGUCGCCAUUUCCACCACCACCACCACCACCACAUCAAGGCGGCUAUUACAACGGCGGUGGCGGUGGCUUUGGUCGAGGUGGUGGUGGUGGUCCAAACUGGGGUCAAAACCCAAACAACUCUCGGGGCCGAGGCAAACAGCAGCAACAACAGCCAGGCAGUCAACAAGGGCAGCAGCAGGGUCGCUUUAGUAUUGACAACCGAAAACAGGGGCAAAACAGGGAUGAUAAUGAUAAUGGUGAUAGUGGCGGAAGUUCUGCUUCAGCUACGCUUGCCGAGCCCAAAACACCACAAAACCAGCCAGACAGCAGUACGCGAGGAGAGGAAGGAGCUGCUGCUGGUGCUGGUCCAGGUCCACGAUCAGGUUCUGGUGCCCGUUUUGGCCCUAAUUCUCGUUUUGGUUCUGGUUCUGGUUCUGGUGCUCGUGCUGGCGCUGGUGCUUCUUCAGCCGCUGGAGCUUCUGCUGCUGCCGUUGCCGCCGUUCCUGCUCCUGCUCCUGGGCGACCUAAUUUGGAGAAAGAUGAAGGAGCAGUGGAUGGAGGUAUAGCCGGCGUGGACGUGGUCGCUGACGCCAUCGCCGUCGCAAACUCGCCCACUUCCACCAGUGAUGAUCAUCGACCACCACCUCCGGCCCAAGUUCAGGCACAACAGGCACCUCCGGCGGCCGCUCCAGCUAAUGGGGGAAACCCCUCAGCUCCUGAGCAGUAA